CGCAUCGGCGGCCCCACGCGCAGGUCCGCCAAGGGUGGCUGGACCCCCGAUGAGGACGACAUCCUUCGCCGCGCCGUGGCGCAGUACAAGGGCAAGAACUGGAAGAAGAUCGCCGAGUAUUUCGAGGAGCGCACGGACGUCCAGUGCCUCCACCGCUGGCAGAAGGUCCUCAACCCCGAGCUCGUCAAGGGCCCGUGGACCAAGGAGGAGGACGACAAGAUCAUCGAGCUCGUCGGCCAGCUUGGCGCGAAGCAGUGGUCCAAAAUCGCGCAGCAGCUUCCCGGCCGCAUCGGAAAGCAGUGCCGCGAGCGAUGGUACAACCACCUCAACCCCGAGAUCAAGCGCGAGGAGUGGUCGCGCGAGGAGGACCGCAAGCUCAUCAUCGCCCACCACCAGUUCGGCAACAGGUGGGCGGAGAUUGCCAAGACGUUCGUCGGGCGCACCGACAACGCCAUCAAGAAUCACUGGAACUCGACGCUCAAGCGCAAGGUGGACGAGGCUUUGGCCCGCGGACUC